AAACACUUCUACAAUCGCAGGAGAAACCUGUGGAGUUCAACUGAACAUCGCUUUGGCUAUGCUGAGCACACAGCGCCACAUAGCAGACUCACACUUAGAACAUGAGACUUAUCUGUAUUCUCUUCUGGACAUGGCUGUUCGCACUAAAAGGAUUGUUCCAGCUGGCAAGCUGUCGACCUUUCCUAUCGGAUAAACGUGAUGCAGGUCUUGUGAAAGAUUGUGGAAGCAACCCUCCAUAUCUGCCUCCCACAGUCACGAACACGUCACAGCGCCUAAGUGCUCUCCGAUCAUUGAUGGAUUCAAACAAUGUCACCGUCUACGUGAUUCCUGCCACAGACCCCCAUUUGAGUGAGUACAUCGCCCCACAGGAUGCGAGAAGGGCCUGGAUUACAGGGUUUAGCGGAACAGCAGGUACCGCAGUAGUCAGUAAGAUGAAGGCUACACUCUGGACCGAUGGACGUUACUGGAUUCAAGCUGAACGUCAAAUGGAUUGCAACUGGGAGCUCAACAAAGGGGAAACAACAAUUGUAGACUGGAUUUUGAAUGAAACAAGGGAAGGAGAUAUAGUCGCGGCUGACCCUUUCGUCUUUUCCAUCGUGGAGUGGGAAAGUUACAAAAAGCCAUUGCUUCAAGGCAAACGACAAUUUGUUGCUGAAGAAAAGAAUUUAGUGGAUAUUAUCUGGGGGGCAGACCGCCCACCGAACCCUACCGAUGAUAUUUUCAAAGUGCCAGAUCAGUUCUUCGAAAGAACAUGGCAAAUGAAGGUAAAAGAAAUCCGUGCACAGAUGAAAGAAAACCCUUACCGGCCAACUGCAUUGUUGAUCUCUGCACUGGAUGAAACUGCAUGGCUGUUCAACCUGCGAGGGGACGAUAUUCCAUACAAUCCAUUUUUCAAGUCUUACACGCUGUUGACUGAAAAUUUCAUCAGGUUAUUUGUGAAUGAAUCACGACUGCCUCAACACAUUAAGAAAUAUUUGAAUACAGCUUGUACAACAGACAUGUGUGUUCAGCUGAAGCCCUACACCGAUAUCCGGCAAAACCUGCAGGAAUAUGCUAAAGGAAAUGUCAAAAUCUGGAUUGGUCAGGAAUACACAACCUAUGGUGUCUAUGAAGUCAUUCCUGAGUCAAAAUUGCUUAUUGAUAGAUACUCCCCAGUGCAACUCACCAAGUCUGUUAAAGACAGCACAGAACAGAAAGGACUGAAAGCAGCACACGUGCGUGAUGCAGUUGCUGUCAUACGCUAUUUUGUAUGGCUGGAAAAAAAUGUUCCAAAAGGAACUGUGACGGAAGUCUCAGGUGCAGACUAUGUCAACAAGUUACGCAGCGAGCAAAAGUAUUCCAAGGGCAUCAGCUUUGAGACGAUUUCUGCCAGUGGUUUGAAUGCGGCCCUUGCUCACUACAGUCCCAACAAUGAAACCAACAGGAAGCUAAGUCCAGAUGAGAUGUACCUGGUAGAUUCUGGAGGACAAUACUUGGAUGGGACAACUGAUAUUACCCGCACAUUACACUGGGGAACCCCAACCGAUUUUCAGAAGGAAGCUUACACUCGAGUGCUGAUGGGAAACAUUGACCUGGCUCGAUCAGUCUUCCCCGCAAACACAAUUGGAUCUAUUGCACUACUUGUGGAAUAA